AUGGCAGGCUGGAUCAAGGUCAAGAUCAGCGCAGACUCCAUGGACUGCACCAGUUGUCCAGAGGACUUUUGGUCUAGUCCCCAGCGUGAUCAAUGUGUUCCUAAGGAAACUGAGUUUCUGUCCUACCAUGAGCCUCUGGGUAUCUGCUUAACAGCUGCUUCAUUGCUUGGGACAUUUGUCUGUGCUGUUGUCCUCGGGAUCUUCACAUAUUAUUGCAGUACACCAAUGGUGCGUGCCAGUAAUUCAGAACUGAGCUUCCACCUUAUAAUUUCUCUAAAGCUGUGCUUCCUAUGCUCACUCCUGUUCAUUGGCCAUCUGAAGCUGUGGACAUGCCAGCUGAGGCAUGCAGCGUUUGGGAUCAGCUUUGUACUUUGUGUCUCAUGUAUCCUGGUAAAGACUAUUGUGGUUCUGGCUGUGUUUAAGUCCUCCAAACCAGGAGGUGGGGCCAGACUAAAAUGGUUUGGUGUCAUGCAAGAGAGAGGGACAGUUCUCGCUUUGAGCUCUGUCCAGGCAGUAAUUAGCACUGUUUGGCUUGUCUCUUCCUCUCCAGUUCCUCAUAAAAACACUCAGUAUCACAAUGACAAAAUAGUUUAUGAAUGUGUUGUUGGCUCCACAGCUGGUUUUGCAGUGUUACUGGGCUAUAUCAGCUUUCUGGCUGUCCUCAGCCUUCUGCUGCAUUCAUGGCCAGGAAUCUUCCUGGACAGUUUUAAUGAGGCUAAACUCAUCACUUUCAGCAUGCUGAUAUUCUGUGCUGUGUGGGUGGCAUUUGUCCCCACUUACUAUCACCUCUCCCGAAAAUAUUCAGAUGCAGUGGAAGUAUUUGCCAUCCUGGCCUCCAGUUUUGGCCUCUUGGUUGCACUGUUUGGACCAAAAUGUUACAUUAUCCUCCUACGACCUGAGAGAAACACAAAGAAGGCAAUCAUGAGCCGAGGCAUUGAGAGUUGA